GGGAGGAGAGGAGGAGAGGCGGCGGGUUGUUCUGCCGAGGUGGACGUGGCGGGUCCGGCGGAGUUAGCUACAAGUGACGGACAGCGGACCGAACCGAGGCGGACUGCCAGCCAUGCACCGGACCACCCGCAGGCCGGUCCCAGUCAGGUGUGGGUGGUGACGCCACUGGAUUCCCAGAGGAGGCUCUCAGGGACACGCCCCCUACCUCCCAGCCCCUCCUCUCUCAGGACAGGUCGCUCUCUUCGGCAUCAGAGGGCGGAGUGGAGGAAGGACUCAGGGAGGAGGAGGAGGAGAGGAGGAAGAAGGUGGACCUCAGCGAUACUUCAGGUGCUGAACGGAGUGAGGUGAGGAGGAUUAGCUCCGCCCCCUCACCAUGACAGACUUAGAGACUGAGUGUUUGAGCCUCGGCCUGCCCCCGGAGUGCGGCUCCCCUCCCCCGCCUCUGGACCCCUCCCUGCAGGUAGACUGCGGGCCGGGCCCCGCCGCCUCAGCCCCAGCGCCCACUCUCGCCCUCCUCUCCUCCGACUGCCCGACGCCCACGCUCAGCUCGCUGGCGGCGGAGAUCGCCGAGCCGCUGGUGAUGCUGCCGUGUGUGAAGAGCGAGCCGGAGGACGGAGACCUGGAGCCCAUCAGGACGGUGGACUUGUCGGAGAUCCAGCCGCUGUCCACCGCGGAGCUGGGCCAGGACCAGAUCAAGAUGGAGAUCAGCGGCCUCGAUUACAUCAAGUCUGAGCAUCACGGUCACCACGGCAACCACCACCUGGGCCCGUUUCACCACAGCGACGUCACAGAGCUGGACUACAAGUCGCACUACGAGCCCAGCUCCGUGUUCGAUUACAUCUCCCAGGUGACGGACACUCUGGAGUACAUUAAGUCAGACCACCACGUGGACCUGCAGUGUUACUACACCGCCGAGCUGAGCUCCCUGAAGUCGGAGUACCCAGAGGCCAACACCAUGUCCACCCACCUGCAGCACAACGGCCUGGAGUCCAUCCACAUGGCCGAGCUCCGCACGGAGCUCAACAAGCUCCGACCCGACGCCCUGCUGAUGGACGGCAUGGGCAAACUGGACCCUGAGUUUGGAGGGGGGGCGCUGUACGAGCUGCAGCCGGCGGAGGUCGGGAAGACGUCCGCGGAGGUGACGGCGGCGGUGACCGGGCAGGCGGGAGGAGGAGGGAGUCUGGUCAUCACAACCAAAACCCAGAGCCCGACGGUGAGGAAGCCCCGUAACAUGCAGGGGGAGAAGCCCUUCUCCUGCACACAGUGUGGGAAGAACUUCAGCACUCUGGGAAACCUGAAAACCCACCAGCGCAUCCACACCGGGGAGCGGCCGUACACCUGCUCGCAGUGCGGCAAGAGCUUCGGCCAGGCGGGGAACCUCAAACGACACCAGCUGAUCCACACGGGCCAGAAGCCGUACGUCUGCGCCCACUGCCCCAAAGGCUUCACCAAGGCCGACGACCUGCGAUCGCACCAGCGGCUGCACACCGGCGAGCGUCCGUUCAUCUGCGUCACCUGCGGGAAGAGCUUCGGCCAGUCGAAGGAGCUGAAGGCUCACCAGCUGAGCCACACGGGCGAGAGGCCGUACUGUUGCCAGCACUGCGGCAAGAGCUUCACCAAGGAGACCAGCUACCGCAACCACGUGCAGAUCCACACGGGCGAGAAACCCUUCACCUGCUCGCAGUGCGGAAAGACUUUCAGCAACUCCGGCGUCUUAAAAACCCACGAGAAGAUCCACACGGGCGAGCGGCCGUUCGGCUGCACGCAGUGCGGGAAAAGCUUCGGCCGCCUCGGGCACCUGAAGGCUCACCAGCAGAUCCACACGGGGGAGCGGCCCUACGCCUGCCCCCAGUGUGGGAAGACUUUCAGCCAGUCGGGUCACCUCAAAGCACACGAGCAGAUCCACAAACGAGAGCGAGCGGACACGGCCAGCACCAGCAGCAGCAGCACCAUGGGCAGUGACAGUAGCUAAGAGAAACUCCAUACCCUUUAACCUCGCGGAAAAACAAAACUGAGACGUUUCAGAUUCGUUUUGAUAGCCACUGUGACAGAAGGUUCUCAGCUCAGUUUCUGGAGAAAAUGUUCUUGUUUUUAUGAGAUUCGAUGGUGAGAUCAUUAUUACAAGAUGCCAAAUUAUUCUGUGUAUUUUUCUUUGUUGUUUCUAAAUUGUUUUACAUAUUUGCUGGAAGCCACAGCGGCAGUGAUCAAUUCUUUUUUUUUUCUUUAACACCGUACAGAAGUUUCUGGUUAUGACAGGAUACAGUGAUGAAAGUUUGCUACAAGAUGCUGUAUGUUGGUUUUUAUUAUGUCAUAACAAAAAUUUCUUGUAAAGACUGAAUUAUUUGAUGUUUUGUAAUAACUUGGAAAUAUGUCAAUAUCAUGGAAUUGAUCUCAUUAUGACAUGUCCCAACAACAGAGCAGCUGAUUGGUGGCAGCGACACACUGCCGUAGUCCGGAGUACCGAGUUUCGAAAGCUGUCGCGCGCUGAAGACAAGUGUCUGAUUAACGUCGAGCAAACGGUGAAUCCGACCAGAUAGUUCCCGGUUUAAAGGCUGCGCCGCACCGCAGAUAGUUCUUAUA